AUGCGGGAUACGAUCAAGCCCCCGAGUAGCCUGCCACUGCGGUCGCCACCGGUCUGUCAGCAUACCGAUCACACCACGAGCUAUCAACGGCAGCCACAGCCACAGCAGCAACAACAACAGCACACGCAGUUAGACAUUGCAAAUAACAAUAGUCAGCAGCAGCAGCAGCAGCAGCAUCUGUACGUGAACCCGGUGCAGGGCUUCCUGAACUACGAGCUGUACCUGAAGCACACCCUACGGCCCGACCAGCAGCAGGAGCACCAGGAGCAGUAUCUGAACCACCUGAACAACAACCACAACCUGGUAGGCAACGGGUACACCAGCGGGGUGGUGGUCAGCACGAAGCUGGGCACGGCGUCGCUGUACUCGGAGGAGUACACGCUCGACACGCCGCUCACCCUCGACACCAGCAACCUGUCCGGGAUGUCCGCCGGCUGUCAGUGUCUGUCAGUGUUCCCCGGCCGCUACUGCCGGGCCCGCAGCCGGCGCUCUUCGUCCGCCACCUCCGGGAAGGGUGGUAAAGGGUGCAAGGGCCCUGCACUGGCCACCAGCGCUGCUCCGGCUCCGGCCGGGGCCGCGUUGGCCCCGGUCAAGGAGCAGGAACCGCCUAAGCCCAAACCGGGUGGCGGAGCACCAGGAAUGGCCGCCAGGAAUCGGGGCGGGGGGGCGGCGGCGGCGGGAGGCCGUGGCGCCACCGAUACCGAUCCGCUAAUGCGGCGGCCACGCCGCAAAAAGGACACCAGCGAGCAGGACCUGGCGACCGUGCUGCAACAGCAACAGCAACCGACGGCGCAACCACAACGCCAGCAACGCCAGGGGGGGCGAGGCAACGGUGAUGGUGGGGCCGACGGUGCCGACAGCGAUGGCCGGCGGCAGGAGCAGCCGCAGUCGGUGCAGCAGCAGCAGCAGCAGGAGCAGCAACAGCAGCAACAUAA